ACUGCAACAUUAUAAAAAUUCUAUUCCUAUCAUGAUUUACACAUACUCGAAAAUUGUCAAAUUGUGAAAUGAUACGGCAGCUAAUUAUUUGUGUUGGAAAAAAAAAUAUCAAAUUUAAUUCAAUAAACAAUGCCAAUUGCUUUUUUCAUCGCAAUUAAAAUCGCUGAAAUUACCAAACAGUGAUAAAAAAUGUAUAUAGCAACUACUAAAUCCACACGUCAGAUUAUCGUAGUUAUCAUAAUCCAGCUUUGAAACGACCACUUACAUGUAUGGCCUGUAAUCAACACAAGAAAAUUUCAUCAAUGACACAAAGGACUCUGUUAUUUAAGUAAAUGAGCUUAACUACUAGGGCUUGAUAUAGUUACGGCAUCUGCUGUAAUUGAAUGGAAAACGCAUUGUAUGCUCACGAUUGCUUGUUCAAUACUAUAAUCAGAAAUAAAGUGGUUGUUAAUAAUCUUUUUUCAUACGUUCAAUAAAGAUGAUUCCUGAAAGAGAUACAAGGAUAAAAAAUGUAUGAAUAAUCAGACCCUUCAAAUUCGUCAAGGACAAAUGUUGAGUCAUCAGGUGUGGAGGAUGUAGAAAAAAAUUUCAUACUAUUCGUAACAAAGAUAUGAGGCAUGUGUGCGCAUUAUCACUGAUAGCAUUGAGCACAUAUCAGGAAACCCGAGAUUGGCUUAUGAUUGAUAGGUGGGAUAGGUAUUGCCAUUUACUUAUCCAGAACUCUUAACGUCUAGCAACAGUAUUGGCAAAAUGGAAGUUUAUAUCAGUGUUAGGUAAGUGCAUGACAGUUAAGCUCCGCGUAAUCUUAUAUAGGAGAAUGGGACUGAGUACAAUUUCCUGAAUAGACUGAUGUCUGUAUUCAAUUUUUACUAAUCAUGUCGUUCGAACUUGAAAAGUUGUUAUUGUUCUGGAUUUUUAUUCAAGAAAGUAUCGUGGCAGGUUCAUUUUCAGGUGAACUGACAAACCUUGGAGAAUCGACUUCUAAACAUAAUUUGUCUAAUUAUCAGUUUUCAAACUGUUCAUUAUAUACGAUAGCCUAUGGAUCGUCUUGUACCUGCUUCGAGUGCGAUAAGGGCCAGUGUACUAUAUGCUGCAAUUCCCCAGGCGUACCAGCAUUCACAUGCUGUUACUGUCAUGCCUGCCUGACGUCAUGCUGGAACAACGAAUGGCAGCUGAUAUCCUUUGCUCAAGUAGGAUUAUCGACCGCAUUGCUCAUUGCAACAGUCGUUACCAUUGCACUAUUCUUCAGAAUAUGCAACAGUGGAAUGCAGUUCGGGGCUGCCAGGCGAUCUGGCAAUCCAGUGGUCAGAAACUCUGCGGGUAGGAUCAGCAUCUCUUCAAUUCAACAGUACGUUAUUCAAAGGCUUCAAGACAGACCUCCGAGAUACAAUGACCUAUCCGACGCUCCGCCAGUCUACGGCACAGACCCUGCAAAUAGGGUUGCAACUUCCGAAGCUCCUCCAAGUUACACGAGAAGAGCAGAACCAGCUGAAAGUGUAAAUAAUUCAACGCCAACAACAGAGUCGUCGACACAAUCGAAUACAAACGAUUCACAAUUACCUACGGCUAUUAAUCAUAUCUAAAAUACUGUAUUCCACAUAUCGAUUGUUCUCGUUUUUAUGUACCUUUUUUUUACACAAAUAAUUAUUUUUUAAGAUUUUUUUUUUUUCUUUUCUUUUCUCUCUUUUGGUAAAUUUUUAUCUUCAACUAUACAAAUAGAAUCAAUCGAAUCGUAGAUAUAGAUAAAUAUAUUAUUAUGAAAGUAAUUAAAGAAUCAGUUUUCAGGAGAAACCAAAGAAUUGUAACAAUAUUGUUUAAAAAGCAUCGAAUCCGCGAAUUUGAACGCGUCAAGAGAUAAAGAUCACUUAAGUUUGUCUGCAACUUUAUCAACUGCAAAACUUUAUCAACCAACUGUUUCUACUUAAGUGUAUUGUACAUUGUAAUACUAGUAAUAAUAAUAGUAAUAAUAGUGAUAAUAAUUAAUUACCUUACCAGACAACAAGAAAUAACAUUAUAAGGGUAUUGGAAAUCAUUACAAGGUCUCAAAAAUUAUAUAAUGAAAAUGUAGUUUAUUUGAUGUGGUGCAAUGACUUAAAAUAAAUUGAAAAAAAUGAACGUCUGUAUGAGCUGGGAUUGAUGGUCAGCAAUUUGUGUACUAAAAACUGCUGCUAAGCUACCGCCUCCUCUAGUCACUACAACUUUUAUAAUUUUAAAUGCAACAUAUAAUGGAAGUAGACAAAUAUUUUACAGCAAGCAGUUGCGUAGCAGUAGUUAGUGACCCUUCUUUUUAUGCUGAUAUUCAUGAUGAGGUAACACUUGUCUUACUUGUACUUAGAUUAUCAAAUUAUCCAGUCAUACACUCAAGUAUAUGUUAUAUUCUUGCUGCAGAUUGUUAUCAGUAUUUUUCUUUCUGUCUUUUCUUUUCUUCCAUUUUUAUUUAUUUAUUUUACUUAUUUUUUGAGGGCGUGAUCUUUAUCUUCUCCUAUAAAUGUUUCGUCUCGAAUUAAUUUUUCGUUUUUUUAACAUCUUUAGUACGCUAUUCAAAACAGGGACAGUAGGAAAGAAAAAGUAUGAAAAAAAAAAAAAAAAAACAAGUACUACUGACAUUAAUUAAAUUUCUCAACGAAAUU